AUGCGGUUGAGGACGCCAACUCAACUCCCAGCGGUUGAGAGGAACGGCGACCGUUUGUUGUCAUCCGACGACAGACAGAUUUCGUUGGCAAAUCGACGUCAGCCGAGGCGAACGACAGGCGCAAAACGCGGCCUCACUUCAUCUUCGAAAUUGGUGUUCGAAAUUAACUCUUCUUCCGGUACGUGUCCACUUAAAUGGCCAAUUAACGACGUCGUCGACGGCUUCCAGUGA